AUGCCUAUAGCCAGAUUUUUUAAAAGCAAGUCCAAACUUCGGAAAGAGCCUGGCCGAGGACCUACAAAAGCAGCCAAUGUAGACACUUCUGGGUUUCUAUCCAAGCCAUUUCCUCCCCUUGAAUCACGAGCCAAGUCACCCUCAGACAUUCUUGACAUAGCCGGAUAUCCUCGAUUUAUCCAUACCCCACCCGCCCGAGAUCAAAAAAAUGGCAGCCCUUCUUCUUUGACACCAUCCUCCAAACUCUCCUCGAAGAGUAACGAGUCCAAAAGAGUCAUUGCAACUACCUUGUCACAAACACCUCCGUCCAUGCUCUCUGCCGCAGUGGACGACCCUCCACCAAUCACCGGUCCCAAACUGAAGCCCGCUGCAACCCAUCCAUCCUUAAGUCCAGCAUCAAGCGAUAAAACGGAAAUUGAGCGCACAGCAGCCCGUCAUUCGGCGAAACAAGCACAGUCAAUCAUGUCUAAAAAGAUGGAUCGGCCGCCUAGGUCGCCCCUUGGCUGCGGCGAAAUGCUAGCUGGUGCCAGCACCGAUCAUGCAUUGACAGGUAACGUUGGAUCCUCUAGAGCAAACGAUUCCAUGGCGUAUAUCGAGGAGGUACCAUCGAAUGGCUAUACUUUCGAGGACGAUAUGGUCGAUGCCAACGGCCAAUCGCGCCAAUGGAAGUCAUCGGAUUAUCAAUUUCUGAAGAAUCAAACCGAAAUUGCCAAAAUCCAGCAGCAAUUGCAAGCCUUCAAAAAAGAGCGAGAAGAACGAUCGAAACGCGAAGAAGCAUACCGAAUCCGGCAACAGAAGCUACUUGUCACACUGCAGCAACAGCAGCAGCAGAUUGAGCAAUUAUCAAGGCUUCUUCGUGCUUCUCAGCCAGAUGGAACAUCACUGUGUUACUCAACCUAUGCGAAAGACCAUCGCAACUCUGAGCCGUUGCUUACAGAUAUUGAUCACGAAGAUGAAGCUGCAGAUUUAGAUCGAGGAUAUUCCUCUGACAGAGGUUACUCAGACGAAAACGCCGAUUACGAUCGAGACCGCGGCUAUUAUGACGGUUACAAUGAACAUGGUUUCAAUGAUGAAGAUGCCAACAGCGAGCAAUUUUACGACGCACCCAUGGAUAACGACUACUGGGCGCGACCGUCAUACCGUUGGGCUGGCCAUCCUUACAAUAACCAUCCUAUGUAUCGGAAAUAUUAUGAUGAAUACCCUCAAUAUGCUUCACGCCCUAUAUACCGUGAACAGUGGAAUUAUGAUCUUCCGUACAACUAUUUACCCAAGCGCGCAUCCUAUAGUGGACCCGAAAGCUCCGGUUACAGCUCAGAUGAUGAUUAUGAUUCUGUAGACGAUAGCAGUGUUCCCUAUUACGACCCAGCCUGGGAUUCACCAAGUGCGAACAACUGGCCAGACGGCCCUUAUACCCGCGAUCCCCGAUCUUCUGGUUAUUCUUACAGAUAUGGUCGACCAAAAUAUCGAACAUCGUCCAUCUACAGUGAACCUAAUGCAUACAAUAUGCCUUUUGAGGAAGACGAUGAACACUCUACGUUUCAGUCAACCGUCUCUGCAGCCGCUGCCGCCGCGCGACCCAGAAGCAUCCUCAAUCGGUUGCAGUUUAUCCAAAAACCAUCAGAGACUCAAGGUUUGAAGACAUGCGUUCACAUCCAAUUGGAACGAAAGAAAUCAAAGGGCAUGGAUGAUAAAGAAAGGGAAACACAAAACACAGGUGUUUUGGUGGAGGAUAUUCCCGUGGAAGGGGUCCAAUCCUUGGAUAACACAGUGCUUGUACGACCCGUGGAGGAGGAAGAAUGGUCCUACUUGCAGAGCAUGACAAAUGGAGAGAUAUGGCAAGCCGUAAGGGAACCGGAAAUGGAGUGGAAACGACUCUUUUAG